AAGAAUAAUGACAAUUUAGUCUCACAAUAAUGUUUUGUUUUAAGACUAGUUGUUGUUGUUUUGUUCAAUUGUUAAACUGUUUGUCAAAGUUUUGCAUUCAUUCAAAUGUGUUGAUUUAUAUUGUUAUAAAAGUAGAUUCAAACCGUAGAUAGUAUUUGUUUUCUAUAUUUGUGUUUAUCAUUAAAACCAAUGCCUGUCUUAGUUUAUAGAGGAAGUGGCGCCGGAGCCCGACAUACAUUCAAUUCUCCGACAUUCCUACACGUGUACGAGAACAAGACCAAUUGGAUCUUGAUCAUUCUGCUCAGCCUUAUAUUUAUAAUUGUAUUUCUAUUUAUGUCUCCGAAGUCGGUUCAGCCCCGGGCCACACAUUUUGGCUACAUUUUCGCACUCGUGUUCGCAAUCAUAUGUUUAAAACUUCUGUAUAACUAUAUGACCAAAAAUAAUGGCACAAAUGGCUCUCUCAUUGAAUUGAACGGACAAACGCACCGAAACGACAGCCGCUAUAACAGUAGACACAAUAGUAGUGUCUAUAAUAUCGAUAUGUCUGAUAGUAUGCCGCAGACGAGGACCGGAUCCCAGAUAUCACUGAAUCCGUCGGAGUUCUCGAUGCCUCCCAAGUAUGAGUUGCCCCCGAGUUAUAGUCAGGCCGUCUCUCAACUUACUAUCAAUCGAUGCUGACAUUUAGAAAUCACUCAUACAAUUGAUUGUCAUAUUAAUUAUAGAUAUAUUUUUAUCAUAUUUUAUUGAUUUUGUGAUCAAUGGUUGUAUU